AACAUGGUUGAUCUGCAUUGUUUGCAAAUUAUUAUUAUUAUUAUUUUUUUUUUUUUACAAUAAGUUUGCUUUUAAAUUCCCACUCUUAGUUUGGAUAAAAGAAGGUUGUGAUGCGUCAGUGGGGUUUGCCUUUUGAAAGAUUUCCGGGGUCAAGGACAGGAUGUUGAAGGCUCCAGGACUUUUUUAAAAUGCGUCACCACAUGGUCAACACGAAGGCACCUUGCCUCUCGGUGAAGGAGAACAUGAGUCAUGUUUUUGUUCUUCAGAAUCACUUUAUUUAAUAGAUGUCAGUCACCGAUUCUUCUGUGUCUGGAAGAAUCAGUAGGGUUUUUGGUGGCAGGUGCUGCCGCUGUCACCUGUCCAUAAGAGUCCUUAGAUGUUUUUAGAUUUAGAGUGUGUUUCCCGACAGCUCAGUCAUAUCAGCAUGUGCUCUCAUCUCAAGUAGAGAGUGUUAUCUGCGGGCUGAUAACUAAAGACAGAUGAUUUGCUGUUGUCGUAAGCUCGUGUGUGACGUAUCGUACACCAAACUGUGACAUGACGAUGAUGAAAGACAAGUGCUCCAGCUCUGAAACUGCUCUGACCACAGCUUCUGUUUGUGGCAGCUGUGACACAGUGGCUUCUGUACCCAUGUGUACUUCUUUUUGGUCUUUGUAAACGACGGAUCUUAAUUCUAUUUCUGAAACAACUACUUCAUUAACCUAUAUGUGCAUCUAGGACAAACACGGUCAUAAGUUGUGCAUCAUUCUGAUCAGGUGUUGUGAUCUGCUCCUCCAACAGGGAAGUGGAUCAGAGGUCAAGGUCUUUGUCUUAUGAUUUAGAUAAGGCACAUCCUCUUAUGCAAACACUCGCUUUUAUUGUUGUAGGUCAGCGGUCAUGUUAGGAUUGUAGAUAAUGUGUUUCAAAUAUUUUUAGAUAUAUAUAUAUGUGUGUGUAUAUUCAUAUAAAUGUACUGAAAUAAUCAUUAAUGUGUAAGUAAAAUAGAAACAACAAAAGUGAACAUCAAACUCUAACCCUUUCCUCCCUUUACCUCCUUCAGCUGAGAGUUAAGUUUACACAUCUUUCGACAGCACAUGUCACAAACAGUUUCAGGAUUCACAAGUUAAUGGUUAAAGCUGGAUGUUGGGUUCAUACCAUAAAAAUAUAAACAUGUCUUGAGGAAUGUGAUGUUCAACACAGAAUGGUGACAUGAUGAAGUUCAAUGGGAGAAUUUAUCGUGACUUUAGGUUCUCGAAAUACUUUUCAAUCCUUAGAUAUGACAUGACAUCUCUCAACCAUUCAGCAUGUGCAUCUCUCCACCUCAGUAGUGCAGCACACCUGGCCAGUUGCAACGAAAAUGAAAGUCUUCAGCUUUUGUUUGUGGGAAUCUUACAUCUUCACCGGUGGUGCCAGGCAGAGCCAACAAAGGAUCAGGGUCAAUAGGACUGUAGAUGAUUUGGAAGUUCAAGGUCUGUGAAUGAUCUGGGUCAAAGACUGUUGGUAGCCACAGAGGGAAAGCUUAAAUUGCGACACUGGAGAUGGAGGGGCAAAUUUGAAGAGGUGCGUUGGCUAAUAAGACGCAGCAGCAAUCUCCAUCACCUGCCCCCCACAGUGGGCUGAGAUGCUCUGACAAGCUUCCUCAUAGUCAACGUGUCUUUUCCUCCACUCUUCUUGCUUGUUGUUUUACAGGGGAUUCAGAAAGGAAGUAGUAAUUCAGAACAGUGUCACAUGAGCUGAUGCUUCAGCGCUCAUUUGCCGGUCUGAGAAAUGAUUUCACACUUGUUGUGGUUCACAAACGGACAAAUGUUCCAGCUGUAAUUCAGUGUUUGAGUUAGUUAUUGAAAUCACAUUUAGUGUAAAGGUAAACAUUGAUGCAGUAAGUAGCUAAAAAUAACCUAAUUAUAAUGGAUUUUUGGGAGUGAUAUGAGCUAAGGGUAAGUGAAAUACAAAUACAGAAAGAUGUCAGGAUUAUUAGUACUGAAUACUCAUACUUCAUGUAGUACUUAUCUUCAUUUGCCUCAAAUUAAUUUCAUGUAUUUAUGUACAGCAGAGGCUGCUACAGGCGGAACGUCAACCGAUGCAGUUGAUUCCCCUCUCUCUCUCAGGAGGUAGAGCAACCUAACUCAAAGCAUGGCAUGUGGAGAGCCGUGCUUCACGUCUAGUCUCCCGUCUGACCUUUGCCCCAUUUGAGUCCCAGCGAGGUGACGCAGCAGAGGGCCUCGCUCGCUUGAAAGUUUUGAAAGAAAGGGCUCUGAUAUUGCGGCACGUCCUGUGCGAUGAAAUGCUUUCGCUGAACGAUGAGCAACCCCGGACUUGUGAGAGUGACUGGAGAGUGUGGUGUUUUCUUGCUUGAAGGCAAACGUGGUGAGCGCUUCUCACAGGAAUCCUGUCUGACAUACAUCUCUGAAGAAGCCUGGCCGCUUGUUUAAGAGAUACGUUUCUGGGAAGGCAGGCAAACGCCUGUUUCAUUUUGACUGGGCGGUUUAACAAGGUAUGUUCAGGGAGAGUUUUAUCUGAAGCAAGUCGGUGCUUGCGCUGUUUGUGUGUGCGUGCGUGCGCACUCACAUGCCUGUUUGUCUCUGGGGGAGUGGUUUAGUUUUACGUCACACUCUACGGAGUGUCACACCACUGUCAGCACACAGACUUCCUCUUUACAAAGCACUCACACACACACACACACAAACAUUUUUCUCACGGCACUUGUGGACAAACCUGUAGCUUCAGUCUUCAGUCUUCUAGCUUGAGACUUCAUUUCAAGUCAGUACUUUUUUUGUGCCACCGUGAUGGCACAGGACAAGUGAGGAUUUUUUUUCUCUUUUCUUUUUUUUUCUAUUGAAAGGAAAUGCCCACUGUUACCAGGUAUAUGAGUUUCCGUUCUUCCAAAAGGUUCAAGUUUUCCAGCAACUACCCAGUGGAGAGCAGCGGCGGUGGGCUGCCAGCCAAAGUGAAGAAAAGCCGUAGCAGUCUGAGCAAUGGCAGCAUCAAGAAGGUGGAGAGCAGGAAAGCGUUGAGCCUGGAGGCGGCUCAGCACGAGACCCAGCAGCAGCAGCAGCAGCACAAACCCCUCACCAGACAAGUCACUGCCCGGUCACAGACGUUUGACAUCGAGAGCAGAAACUUCGAGAGGACGGAGAGCAGCGGCCAGCAGAGCAGUUUCAAAAAGCACAACAAAACAUUCCACAAGUUGUUUCCAGAACUGCCAGAGAGUGAAGCCUUGAUUCAUGCAUACAUCUGUGCCCUGCAGAAGGAAGUGCCCUACCACGGUCGACUGUACAUCACUGACAGCCAUGCUUGUUUCUACUCCUCAGUUCUUCUCAAGGACACAAAGCUGGUGAUUCCUGUGGCCUGCAUCCAUGUAGUAAAGAAGCAGAACACGGCGCUGCUGGUGCCCAAUGCCUUGUCCGUCCGGACCACGGAGGGAGAGAAGUUCCUGUUCGUGUCUCUGCGGAACAGAGAAGCCUGUUACCAGCUGCUGCGCUCGGUCUGUCCUCAGGCAGAGGAGGGAAGCCCCAACAGUUCCCCCGUCUUCUCCUCGGCCGAGAACAGUUUUGACAGGAGCAAAAUGGUUCACUCCAGCCAGUCCAGUCUGGACGACAGCUUCGACCAGUUCGACGGCUCCUUCCAGGAGAAGCCCCCGCAAAGGCCGCUCAGAGAUCCGGUGCCGAAUGGAAACGCCCCCUCGUAUCGGAGCCUGCAGGCGCAGCAGAGCAGCAGCUCUUCAUCCGACGAGCUGUCUGAGUCAGGCGGAUCAUGGGUUUGGAAUGUGAAAGAGAAGGCCAAGUCCCUGCUGGUUCAGAGAGAGGCGAGCACCCUCAACACCCUUCUCUUCAUCUACUUGAUCCUGGUGGUGCUCCUGCUGCUGUCGUCCGGUUACAUCGGAUUGCGAAUCGUGGCCCUGGAAGAGCAGCUGACAUCCUUGGGCGCUCUGCCUGAGUUCACCAUACAAAGCGGGUACCACAAAGACACAUAACACUCCGGCCGUGAGUGGGGGGGGGUGAAGCGCAGACUUGUGACCACCUUCUUCACUCGGACCAGGGAGAGAGGUCUUUGUUGGUGUACUCUCCAAAAACGGCCCUCCGCGGCCGACGUGACCAAACCUGUGCAAUUUUUAAGCAAACCAAACUUGAAGGGCUUCUUCUUCUUAGUGCAGUAGACAAGGGACGCGCCCCCGGAGUCGUCGCACGGAGCCAAAAAAAAAACAAAAAAAGAAAAAAAAAAACUGAAAACAUGAGCGCACAACUGCCCGGCUGCAAGUGCGCCUGCCGUACAAACCAAAGCCAGUUGGCUCUGAUGUAACAAGGUGCCACUCCUGGAGACGUGUCUCUCCUCGCAUGCCACGGCUGAACAGGGCUAGAACCAGGGCUUGUCCUCCACACCGGGAACGUCGUGCUAUGCAAAGCCAAAGACGCGCGCCACUUUUGCAUGAGCGUCCCCAGGUCAUUCCUUGGUUUCACUCACUUUCUCUCAUAGUCUCCAGUGGGUUGAAAUGAUGAUGAACUCAGAUCAGCUCGGGAAGGUGAGUUCUCCUGCUAGUCUCUCUCUCUCUCUCCAAUCGGCCUCGUCUUUGGCGUGAUUUAAACGUGUUUAAUGAUCAGCGCACGGAGGUUCCGACUCCCAGCCUCGUCCGGAUGAAUGCAGCGUCCCUCGCAGCACUAUCGGUGAGGCUUCUAGUCUUCUAUAGUCUUAGUCCAGGCCUGAUCUGGUCGACUCUUUCUAGGUUGUUGAGAAGUGUGCGCAUAGUGUUGACGCCUUCUUUUGUGAUGACUGAAAACUCGUGUUCUCCUUCAUGUCGCAGAACCACAGUUCAAUUCUCAAUCGCUGAAACAAAAAGGUCCUAAAGGAAAUUUCAAUAUGCAACAAUGUGACGAAAGUUCAGUUUGUCUUUGUUAAUGAAGUUUUUGUGAGAAAGUCGGAGAGAAAAAAACAAGAGGAGUGAGCAAGCGCACUUUACCAAAUGUGUCGUGCCUGUUGAAUUCAGAGAUGUCUUGAAUCAGAAAGUGCGAUGGUGCUUCUUUCCAGUUUCACUCAGGGGUGGUGAGCUCUGCCUGCCGUCGGCGCGAGUCUCUGAAGAGCCCAGGGCUCGUGUGUGUCGGGGGGGCGGAGGGGUCUGCGGUCCGUACGUCGCGGUGGCUGUCACGCGUGCUUUUCGUCGAGAUUUUAGUGAGACAACUUUUUUCCCCUCUCCAUGCCGUCAAACACGAGGCUGGCGGACACCCGCGACGUCCAUUUCAUUGUUGUCAAAGUAUCUUCUCAACAAGAUGUAGCAGAGAUAAAGCCGUUAGCUACAGCUCACUUCAGGUGAUUCAAUGCGUUUCCACCAACUGUUCCUGCAAUAUCGCCCCCGUGUGGGAGCCGCAGCACACACACACACACACGUCCACUGUCCUCGAACGGACCCCACUCUCAAUGAUGAGGGCAGGAUUUGUGUGUUUUUGCACUAUUCAAAGUGUUGUAAAUAAUUUUGUAUCAAAUGUUAUUGUCCUUAAUGAUAUACUAUGGCCCCAAAUAUAUUUAUUUGCAUUCUGUGUUAGUCAGAGUCGUCUCUGUGAGAUGGCUUUGAUGUUGUUCAAAAUAAAUCAAAUGUUGAAAUACGUCGGUGUUGGGCUCUUUUUUUCCCUCAGGUCUGACUCUUCUCAAGGUGGAAAUUCUUGUCAGUGAGUUGACAAACCUACAUUACUGGGCAUAUACACACAUUUUGGGACAUAUUUCAAAAGUGAUCAUAAAUGUUAUUGGGUCAUGCAAAAGAGUCAUAUCAUUAAGAUAAUGAAAAUGAUUUGGGUCUCUAUUUUUUUUUUGCAAUAAAAGGUGUCACGUAUGAAUCAAUUUUUAAAUCAAAUAUAGCAAAAAUAAAAAAAGAGUAAUAAGAAA